AUGAAGAACGUGCCCCAAAUCGACGGCGUGAACCAGUGGCAGUCGCUGACGCUGGGAGCACCGUGGCCCCGUAAGGAGGUGCUCUAUAACAUCGACCCGGUGUGGGGUCAGUCGGCCAUACGCGGCGAGCGCUUCAAAAUCAUGGAGGAUCCGCAACAACACGGUGUUCCCCAACUACGAGUGGUGCUAUCGUGCUUCCACGGGAAGACCUUAGAGACACCCAAGGAACUGCCGGACGCAGUGCUGACUGAAAUUAUGAUACAGGGAGGAGAGUACUGUCACCCAUCUAUGGGACCCUGCAUGUAUGACCUUGAGAACGACCCGUGGGAGAGGGUCAACAUUUACCGCCCUGACCACCCCGAAUACAUGAAACUGAGGGCACGACUUGACGAACUGAAGCUAACGAUGAAGACCCCGCUUAUCGGCACACCGGAUCCCAGGGCCGACCCCCUGCGCCGAGACGGUAUCUGGGAAUCGUGGCAGGACUGAGGUGAUUAUCUCUUAUUUUUCCCUCCACCAUCUCCUGUUCGGUUGUUGCUUUCAGCUCAUCGAGGCACAUUACGUGUUUUUGUUUCGUUAGCGCCGCCUUCCCUAAGGGACGAGGCACCGAACCAACGCUGAGUUCUCGUACAAGGACUGACAAGCUCAUCAGCGGCGGCAGUCUGAGUGGGAGACCUUUGCUGGGGCUUGCCUCGUGGGACGGACCAUCUCCUUUGGAGGAACAAUUUGUCUCUGUCGUGCUUUUCGGUCAUGUGUGUGUUUCUGUGCUAAUUUGUCUUGAUUGCCUCGUUGCCGCAUCUUUCGCUCCUUAUCAUUUCGCCCGGGCCGUGCCGGCAACGCGUGCCAACACUGAUUGGUAGCCCGCGCGACCAAGGCAGCAUAUUGUGGGCUGGAGGAAUCCUUCCGAUAAAACACUUUGCCCUGCUAGUUGAUUUCAUUUGUUUUAAUACGGUUCCCGUGCGAACAACGUGCUACCGCCGUAAUCCGCUGGAUGCUCAAGAUGGCAUCGUGUAAGUCCUGAAGGCACGGUACGCUACACGUGAACGAGAAGA